AUGAGGAAGAAAACCAUUGUUAAAAGGCCUCCUCGUGAAAAAGUUUACAAGCUUCCUUCAAAAACAAAGCCUUCUACUCGUUCAAGAGAUCAGACCUUCACUCCCUCACCUUCUCCUCCUACCUCUCCUCCUCGUUCUAAUCCCAUGGCGCAGACCAAGACCACACCAAGAUAUCCUGCCUCUGCCAAGCCGAUGCCACCACCAAAUGCAACGCCUUCCAAACCAAGCUCUUCGAAACCUAGCUCAUCCAAGGGAAAGUGCCCUACUGCUGAAGAACCUGUUCCUGAGUCAACACAACCUAAGCCAAGGUCUGUUCCAUUGUGUUCACAAAGAGGUAACCCUCGUCUCCCUCUCAAAUCAGUUAGAGAACCAGACAUUGAUCCUUUUGCUCACAAAUCUCACUUCAUGACUUCUCACUCAAACUAUAACUCCCAUCGAUUCAAAUCUGCCAUGAACCACGAUUUUUAUGAAGGAGAGAUUCAGUAUCGUACUAUGUGCCCCCCCUUUUCUUGCUGA